CCCGCCAUGGACUCCUGGAGUACGGACUCUGGGGAAUAGGGACAAACGUCCCUUUUUAAUCGGGACCAUCCCCAGUUCCCAUGCCUGAAGCAUCAAGUCAAACCUGUUGCUGGUCCCGUUAUGGCAGCAGUAGCUCAAGCUGGGAAGGUUGGAUAUGACCAUGACAACCUCCGCCAUGUGGUCAUCACGGCUACAUGCUUUGCCCUGAGUAUCUCCACCAUCUCGGUUGCCCUGCGCCUGCUGUGUCGGAAGAUCACGGGCACCAAGGUGUUUUUCGACGACUAUUUGAUUAUAGUGGCCUUGGUGUUCUUGUAUGGUGUGUCUCUGGCCGGUGUUGUCCUGCUCUACAAUGGAUUGGGCACCCACAUCCACUUUGUCCCGGCUGCCGACUUGGUGGUGUAUCUGAAGGUGCUCGCCACGGGGAGUUUCCUGUACCCCCUCUGCAUCGCCUUCACGAAGCUGUCCAUCUUGGCUCUGUACAAGCGGAUCUUCUCCAUCCGGCCGAUGAUCCUGGCCGCCAAUACGGUCGGAGCAUUGGUCAUUCUGUGGUGCUUUGGAGUGUGCCUGAUUGGGACCGUGACCUGCAUCCCGCUGCAAAAGCUAUGGGAUCCCUCAAUCCCCGGGGGCUGUAUCAACCUGGCCAAGUUCUACUACGGGCUGCAAAUCCCCAACAUCGUGACUGACGCCGUCAUCCUCGUGUUGCCGAUGAAACAUGUGUGGGAACUCCAGGUGCCGCGGUCUCAGAAGGUCAUGCUGACGGGUAUUUUCCUGCUCGGAGCGUUAACUCUCGCCUUUGACAUUGUACGCUUGGUCACCCUGAUCGAGCUGUCCCAGGCGGGCAACGACAUCACCUACAACCAAGUCCCCGCCAGCGUGUGGACCUGCAUCGAGCCGUGUGUCGGCAUCACGGCAGCCUGUCUAUCGAACAUGCGCCCGCUGUUCCUGAUGCUGACUCGGAUCCCUAUGAAGAUUCCCCGCCUGGCCUCCCACCCAUCCAGCACGGACACCCGCGAGGCCACCCGAUCCAAGAUUGUAUUUACGCGCACGGUGCGGGUGGCCAGCUCGCACGGGGAGCAUCGCGAUGAUCGUUCUACCGCCCCGAGUCGGCUGCAUCGGUUUCCGUAUAUCGGCCGGUCGCCGAGCAUGUCUAUCAGUAUCGGAGGGGCUGCUUGAUACUGAGGGGGUGUAGACCUGGUGCAUGCGCAACGAUUGACAAACUAGUAGAUCUCGUCUCGGGUGUGGGUGAUGGACACCGUUGCAGCCAUUCUAGUAUAUAAUCCAGUAGUAAAUAAUCCAGUGGAGGCUAAUCACGUCAGACUCCAUACAUCGCUGCCUUGC